AUGAUAAUAUCAUUACUAAUCAGAAUAAUUUGCAAUGACGUAUCUGCUGUGCAAUCAAUUAUCUUGCCUACAAAGGACUUUUUCCGCGUGCAAGACAAUAACACGUGCAAAAAAGAAACAGUGGUGAAAAGAUCAAAUUUGGAUGAGCAAAUUUUCAAUGAAAAAUUCGACAAAAGUAUAGAUUUGAAGGCUACGUUUGAUUCUGAAAAAGAAGACACUAAAUCUUUAGCACAGAAAUUAGCGAAGAAAACUCUCGAAUCACCGCAAUUACAACGUAAUAUAAAAAAAUUGGCAAAUAUGAGAGGGACUUUACGUAAUCAUUCUAACAUGAAUAGUUUACCGGUAGAUAGAAUAAAAAAUAUACAUAAACCAAUAAUAAGUAUAAGAAAACUGAAUAAAUUAUUAAAUCGUAAUGAAGAGGGGAAAAAAAAGAGAAAUGAAUAUGGUUUAAAACAGUACAAAGAACAUCCUUGGUUACGCAAGCAAACUCAUAUUAAGAAGAAACGACAAAAGGUAAAUCUAUCUGCUCCUAAUAUUAGAGCAAAUAAAAAAAUUGUGAAUAACAUUGCUGAACGAAACUUUCUAAGUGAAAAUGACAGUCGCUCAAAACAAAGGCAUAAAAAAAGUAGUGAAAUGUCAAAUAAGAAGAUUAAACACUUAAUGCAAACAAAAAAUUUUAAAAAGAAUUUCAACAAUCAUGGAUUUGAAUAUUUAGAGUAUUAUAACGACAAUGCCGAACCAAUUAAAAUGCAAUCAAAAGAUGAGAUUGGAAACGACCGAGUCAUUAGACAAAUCUCAAACGGUUCUCUCUUUACCAAAUCAUUCAUAAAUCGUUUGCAAUUCAAGCAGCAAUUCGCAGACAGAGAUUCGUAUGACAAAGAUUUAACUUACGACUAUGAAUUGUUAGAACCUUGGGAGAUUGAUCAUCCCGUAAUUGAUCAAGCAAAUAAAGAUAACGCGUCUACAUAUUUGCCGAUACUGACCGAUCAGCAAACUAUUUCAGGAAAUUUGUAUAUCUCCGAGGUAACACAAAAGGAUUCAACGUUUAAUCAAUUUCAAGUAUCAAACGUCAAUCGACCUAAAGAAAGCAUACACAUCAAUGAGAUGAAAUCUCCUGAUGAAAACUUUAUCAAUCCUGAUCUUGAUCUCGCGAAAAUAUUUACUACCAGUGCGGAUACUGUUCUUGGUCCACAAAUCGAAGUCGAACAUACUCCUAGUGAUGUGCUACAAUAUCAGGAUCUAAGCGUACCUCGUCUGUAUUCAAAUUUAAGUAUUAUACAAGAAAGAAGCAAACCUCAAGAAAUGCUAGUGCUCUAUUCCGGUACUUCGAUGGAUGUUCCGCACAUCCUUCGCAAAAUUCCGGGAACUUCGAAUGUCUACACCGCUGAGAAGGAUGUUGGACCUACAAUAGAGCGUUUAUCUAAUGAUUAUGUUUAUCCUAUUAUUUCCACGAGUCAAGCCAUGCACAAAAUUAUCGAUCAUGCUCCGGUAUUUUCUCAAUCAACUGUCAAUCAACCAAUAGAACAUAUCUUGAUUCCCGAUCGAGAAAAUGGUAUCAAACAAAGUUUAUACAACAAUGGUAAGAAGCAAAGGUUAAUUGAAGAAAAACAAAAAGCGAUUCGAAUUAUUCAUGGACAAUUCCAGAGCGAUAAUAGCACAAAUAAAAAACAAACUAACGACCAAAUACGUGAUGAUCUUGUACCUGUGAUUUCAAUAAAGACAACGGAAGAAAUACAACGUGCAAACGUUUCUGCGACAUUAAACGAAACCAAGGAAGUUGCUAAUCAGAUAUUAGAGAAAAUUAUUGACGAAUUGGAAGAAAUGAAAUCAAAUCAAGCCAGUGAAAAUGAACAGAUAGAAGGUUUGCCCUGCAAGAUAUCAGGUUCAUGGAUAACUAUCCAGGGUGGAGUGCGAAUCGACAUAAAAGUUACUAAUCAUACCAUAAACGUGACGCUCGCAAAAUUGUCACCUCCGCCCGCUCAUCAAGGUUUGUUGGAUCCCGCCUGGAAUUUAACCGGACAUGCACCUUUUACAAAGGGUGAACCGUUUUCCUUGCUUGCCAUUGACAAUCGCACGAAAUCUCUGGCGGUGUUCACAGGUGCGUGUAGAGUAUGCCAGGGUAUCGACACGAUAAUGGGUGUGUGGUCAAUUGCCCAUAGUCCACAGGAUUGCAGAGAGUUUCAGAUAGCUACAAAUAUUUAUAAUGACGUGUUUCGUCGAACUAAACUGUCAUCAGAGAUGAAAAGACAACAUCAAGAAAUCGUGCGAUUGCUUCAGAAAGAUAACAAGAAUAAUGGAACCGAUAAAAUCUCGACAAAUAAUAUAGUUCAACAAAAUAGCACGUUACUAUCAAAUAACACGCUGCACAAAACAGAAAAGAAAAAAACUUAGAUAUCUCGACGAAAGUGUAAGAAAAUGCUAAAAAGACCAAAAAAUUCAGCGCUAAACAAAGCCUUCUAUAAACCAACAAUAAUUUAUAUAAACUCAAGAAAGUA